CUGCGAGCCAGGCGCACGCCGGAGGAAGAGGAGGAGGAGGAGGAGGAGAAGCUUCGAUUUGUGUCAAACAAAUGUCAAGUUUCCAGAGAGAAAAUGACGCUGCGAAAUCUCUGUUCAGGAGGCUCGAGGUUUCACUUGAUGUCACUUGAGUAGCUGGAUGUAGAGUCGCAGUCACAAACCCCCAGAGUAGUGAGUGAUCCCUGGUGCCCUGUGUGUGUAACUGUGGUUGGUAGGAAGUUGUACAUCCGCUGGGGAAUUCUUCCCCCUUUUCCCCUGAACUGAACACUUCCGCCCCGUUUCACAUUCGCUAGUUAGCGCGAACUGUCAAACAAAUGGAAGGUUCGUUGUGUUUUUCUCUGUGUCCAACCUUGUGCUCGAUGCAGUGCGGUGACACGACAGAUGUAAUAUGUUGUCACCGAGCCAGCAGGUUAUAGCCGGCGUCAGCCUGCCAGUGAUGCUGAACCCGGAUCAGGGAGCAAGCCAAGCAAUUGCAAAUUAACGUUUUUUAAUGUUUUCCCCUCGGAACUCAUCUAUGCAAUGAACGCCAUUUCUAAAAAAAAAAAAAAAAGGAGUGCUGUGACUUAAGCCCCGCACCUGAUCCAGUUAAAGUGUUAGUGGAGGAGAUUAGGGACGUGGGUCUUAAACAAGGAAAGAAACGCUUCCUUCAGACAACUGCAGAUCACACACACACACACACACACACACACACACACACACACCGGUGCAUUGCCAAGACAACCUGUGCAUAUGCUGGUGUGCAGCGUGGUUGAUAUGCAUUGUCAACGUGCAGGUGAACACAUGUCAAAUAAACGUAGACCUGCUGGAGAUAGAAUAACGGACAACUGUUGUAGACAGAACGACUCGCUCCCUAAACAUCCCCACAUUUGCAAUGAACAGGCACAACAUCAUGCGCUUCAGUGUUCACCUUCGCGCACUGGCCGUUGUUACCCAUGACCCGCUCCACCCUCCAUCCCGGCGCACUCAAAGAUUACACACUUAUUUUCGCCCUGGUAGUUCGCAGUCACUCCCAUCGUGUCCGGGGAGUACAGUCACCACCACCACCACCACCACCAGCACCACCACCACCGGGACAGAGCGGCGAUGGCGUCCCGGGUCUCCUUCACCCAGCUGCGGCUGGAGGUCGAGCUGGAGCGCUGCCGCGCCGAGUGCCAGUGGGACAAGGUGCCGGCGAUCAUCGAGCAGAUGCGGGCCGCGCGCUUCCACGAGGACGAUGACUACGGGAACCUGCUGAUGGCUGAGACGUUCCUGGAGGAGUGUGUGCAGGAAAACAUGGACCUGUUGCGGAGCGCCACACCUUUGAUGGACAAGACCCAGCCCGGACUUUGCCGGGCCAAAAGCCACCUCAACACCAUCCUGAGCCGAGGCCGUCUCACACCCAGGUACUUGAAUGAGGCUCUGCUGCUGAUGGCCAAAGUGCACUAUGUGCAGGGCCGCUACCGGGACGCCCAGGGAAUGUGCGCCAGGGUGGGACUGGAGGAGCUGACGCAGGACGACCAACCUACCUAUCACCUGCGACUGCUGGCUGAGGCAUUUGUCAUCAAAGGUCUGUCUCUGGACCACCAGAUGGUUUCUGCAGUGUCCCGGGUCCGUCUGUCGGAGAGGGAGGAGGAGAGUCUGUCCUGUUACCUCAGGGCCUGCGACGCUGCUCUGUCCUACCUGCAGGAGCUGGACAAGACGGUAACCACGCCUCACACCAAGACAGCCAAAGGCAGCCUGCUCCCUCCACCUGUGGACAUGGACCUGGGCUACUUCCUGCAGGCCGCAUUACAGAGCGCCUACAUUUGUCUGCUGCAGAGGGGUCAUCUUGCGCAGGGUGCUCACCAGCUGCGUAGGGUGCUGAGGGUGGUGGAGUCACGAGGGUCUCAGAGCUUCAGGAAGUCUGCAGCACGGAAGCUGGCGGGGGUGCUGCUCAGCUCGGUGAGUGAAGACAGCUACUGGCCCCCACUUGGUCCUCCACCCUCAGCCUGGCUCCACAGAGAGGGAGCCGCCGCCUCCAAAGACGCCAUCUAUCCCACGGUCAAACCACCGCAGCGUUACAGCACUGAGUGUUGCUUCUGUCCUCAGGACGUGGUGGAAGAGGCAGUGCUGCUGCUGCUCAUCACAGAGUCCAUGGCCAGCGGCGAAGCGGUGAUCAGUCGUCUCCCUGACCAGGCCGAGGCUCGCCAGGCCAGUCUGCAGGAUGCCACCUCUGUCUAUGACCUGCUCACCAUCGGCAUGGCCAGGAGGGGGCAGUACGCCAUGCUGUCUGAGUGUCUUGAGCGAGCCAUGAAGUUCUCAUUCAACGAGUUCCACCUCUGGCACCAGCUGGGCCUGUCACUCAUGGCGGCCGGGAAGGGGGUUGGUGCUGUGUCUGUAUUUAAAGAGUGUGCCAAGAUGAGACCUGAAGACCCUUCAUUGCCCCUGUUGGCUGCUAAAGUCUGCAUUUGUCAACUGCACUGGUUUGACGAGGCAGAAGCUCUGUCCCGCAGUGUGAUGUCUAUGGGGGAGGACGCCGGUGAAUUUCUGCCCCGGGCCUACCUGUCUCUGGGACUCUGCUGCAGUCUGCAGGCGUCUGAUGCGUCUCUCAAAGCAGAUCGGGACGAAUUCAACAAAAAAGCAUUGCAAGCUCUGAGCAAGGCUCACUCAUUAGACCCCCUGGAUGCUCAGGUUGCCAUGUACUUGGCUCUGCAGCUGGCACUUGUACGCCAGGUAUCUGCAGCCAUGGAGCCCCUGCAGGCGGCUUUAUCUCUCCGUCGGGAUGACUUGCAUUCCCUCCACCUGCUCAUCCUGCUGCUCAGCGCCCAGAAACACCACCGUCAUGCCCUGGACGCUCUGGGCCUGGCCCUCAGCCAGCACCCCGACAACUUCAACUUGCUGUUCACGAAGGUGAAGCUCGAAGAGGCCCUGUUUGGCCCAGCUACAGCCCUGCAGACCUGUGAAGUGAUGCUGCAACGCUGGCAAAGCCGCUAUGAUGUCAGUCGCUCCAGUGAGACGGACGACGGCAGCACUACACCGAUGGCUGAGAGGACAGAGGUCAGCCCCGGAGGCAGGAAACCCUCCAUCCACCUGACCCUGCCUGACUUCCAGGAUGCCUCCACCGGUUCACUGAGCCCGUCAUCGGUCGCAGUGUCUCGUCUGGAAGCGGCGCUCUCUCAGGUGUCUGACAUCAGCUCCUCCCGUCGCCAGGGACCCACCUACAUCUGGACCACCCUGGAACGCAUCUGGCUGCAGGCCGGGGAGUUGUUCAUGGCCGACGGUCGGUUAAAGGAGGCCCAGUUCUGCAUAGCUGAAGCGAGCUCACUCUUCCCCAACUCGCAGUCGGUGCUGCUGCAGCGGGGCCGUCUGGCCGAGCUCCGGGGCCAACUGGAUGAAGCGAAGGGCCUGUAUGAUGAGGCGCUGGCCAUCCACCCCACGGGAGAGCGCAUACUGGUUCACAUGGGCCGUUUGCUGGUGAAAAGUGGGCGUGUCCACCUCGGGGAGAAGGUCCUGCGUGACGCAGUUCAGGCCCACAGCACCUCCCACGAGGCGUGGAGCGGCCUGGGCGAGGCCCUGCAGUCUCGGAGCGCAGGUCAGGCCCCGGACUGCUUCUUGACGGCCCUGGAACUCGAGGCCUCCUGCCCCAUCCGGCCCUUCACCAUCAUCCCCAGGGAGCUCUGAUGGGGCCUAGGCCGGGGUGGAGGUCUGAGCUAAGGCCAACGAAUUUGCCUGGAUGAUUUAAUAGUUUGACAUUGUUUGUUCUCUUGCCACGAGUAAGAUGAGAAAAUGAUACCAUUGUGAUAUCUGUCCAUUAAAUAUGAAGUUACAGUCAGGAGCACUUAUGACCCAUACCGCAGCCCGCCACCAGGGGGCGACUGAGAUGUUUUUGUCCAUCCUAAUAGACAGUCACUGCUUCAGGAGCAGCCAGGCUUGCUGUUUUUCCGUUUCAAGUCUUUAACUAACAAAUAUGAGAAUGGUCAAUCAAUUUUGUCUUGUAACUUUUGGCAAGAAGGGAAAUAAGUGUUUUUUUUUUAACAGGAAAUGGAAACAGGAAAUGCAACAAAUGCUUUUUCACUUUCAAAAAUUUUGUUGUAAUUUUCAACCUCAAAUUUCCCCAAAAAUCUGCACAUACAUCUGAUCUUAAUAAGCUAUACUGGAUGAAAGAAAUGGAAAAGAUUUAAUAUAGGUGAAUAGAAAAAAAUGUUACGUAAUAUAAGUUCCAUAUCAAUGUACAUCUCCUAUGGAGUUAUUAGUACAGAAGUAGUUUAUUUGGCAAAUAUUACCAAUGUAGUAUUUUUGAUAAUCACUUUCACUGGGUUUUCACUUUAAUGGUCCAUAAGUUGCAGAAUUUGUGCUGGUAACAUCUUGAGAUAGAACGUAUAUUGAUGUGUUGUGUGUGGAGAUGCCGAUACAUGGAUUAUGUAUAGGGUGGCAGUCACAACAGCAGCUCCACUCCAUCCUUAUCUUAGCCUUUGAUGUAUUUUUGAUGAUCAGGUUGAUUGACACGGCUUUUAUGUACACACACACGCAAGCACGCGCGCACACACACACACACACACUACCACCCUCUCUCAUCUUCAAAUGAGAGCUCCUAUAUGUUCUGGAAGGGACAGACGCUUGUCGUGUGUGUGAGUGUGUGUGAGUGUGUGUGUGUGAGUGUGUGUUCUCAUACAUGUCUUUAUGUAUCUUUGUGCACGUGUGUUUGUUCAAGACAACCCCUCCGGGGUGUUAUCAGUCCCUGUUAUGUUUGUCCUGUUUUUACGGUGCAGUUGGCGACACCGCCUAAUAUUGUCUGUGUGUGUGUGUGUGUUGUUGUUUUUGUUGUUGUUGGUUUUUACUCAUCUGCUAGUAAUGCUCUCCAUUAAAAAAAACAAACAAAGGCUUUAAAAAAACUGCUGGAUGCCGCGUCUUCACCUGCCUUGUCACUUGUGACUAAUGGACAUCACUUCCAAGUGCCUAACCACAUUAAUGUGAGCAGUGGGACCGGGCUGCCGGCUUAUGUAAUACUGCCAGCACAGUUUUCUGCCUCCAAACUCCCUCCUCCUCCUUUCUCUCUCUAUCUCUCUCUCCCUCUCUCUCUCUCCCUCCAUCUCUCUAUGUCUCUCGCUCUCUCCCAGCUUGCCUGAUGUGAUGUGAUGUGGCUUGGUUGCCUAGCAGCCAUCCCCUUGUUUGAGUUACUGGGAAAGGGGAGAGAUAUCUGGUCUGCUGAACAACACACACACACACGCACACACACGCACACACACACACACACACACACACACACACACACACACACACACACACACACACACACACACACACACACACACACACACACACACACACACACACACACACACACACACACACACACUCACAGCGAGAGGAAGAUAAUGCCCCUGUUGUGUUGUUCUACAGGCUUGACAGUGUCUGUUUGAUGUCUGCUGUUACCAUGUGAGGUAUGAGCCAGCUAUAAUCAAUGUCUCAGGGUGGUGUAAAUUGAUUUGUGUUAUGGGAAGAGUGUCUGCCUUUGCUCUCAACAAACCCACAAUUUCUUAACCCUUUACCUCCCUGUCGGUCUACAGCCAGUAAUUCCAUUCGCCUUCUCUGUCCUUAUUCUAAACCCCCCACCUUCCCAACGCUUCCAGCAUGAAAAUGUCUCAUUUAUCAAUACUUUGAUUCCUGCACAGGAAUCAUUGAUCAGCGUCACCUCGUUUCUGCCGUACAAAGAAAAAUCUAUUUUUACCUUUUCCCCUCUCGCUCCCCGGCUCUCCCUUGUUCCAUCCUCUCCUCAUUAACGCUGUGUGUGACACCUACGCAGGGGCUCUGAGAGAUGAAUGGUCUAAUCCCUGUGGGGAUGGAGUGAAAUAUGACAUGCACACGCUGACAACGAGAGGCACCUGAACACACCAUUAAGUACAGUACACAUACUCAAAUGCACACCGCUCUUGGCGGCUCUGGUAAAAGGAGACAGAUUAAUGGGGGAAAUGGCCCGAUGCAAAGCCAGGCGGAUGAAGAUCUAUUGGCAUACACACACAAUACAAUACAUACACCUGAGAUCAAUAUGCCUAAUGUAUAAGAUCCUGCCUAUUGUGCAUGUGCCUUUGCGUCAUUGUGAUGUCGGAGCACCCAGGUGUGUCGCUCUGGUUACUCUCUCACUUCUACACCUGUCACAAGACUGAGUGUGCGAAUGGGAGGGUGGGGGGGGGGGG